AAUUGGAAAUUACUGUCAAACGGAAAACGUCAUCUUUUAUACUUGAAAAUGAGGUCUUUGCUCCACAUAUUUAGUCUGCCCAUUAGGCGACUGUGUAAGACAAACUUGCAUACCUCAUGCGGGAUGUGCCAGAAAAAGGUUCGAAAAGAAAAAGACUCGUUCGGCGAGUUAGACGUUCCGGUCGAUAAAUACUACGGUGCCCAAACCGUUCGUUCAACGAUGAACUUUGAUAUCGGCGGCGAAACCGAACUAAUGCCCUAUCCCGUGGUGACUGCGAUGGGCGUUUUAAAAAAAGCCGCCGCGAUUGUCAAUAAAGAGUUUGGGUUGCCGAAGGACAUCGCGGACGCAAUCGUGAAGGCCUCCGACGAGGUCAUUUCUGGAAAACUGUACAAGGACCAUUUUCCCUUGGUGAUUUGGCAGACGGGUUCUGGCACUCAAACUAAUAUGAACGCAAACGAGGUCAUUAGCAAUCGCGCCAUUGAAAUCAUGGGAGGAAAGUUGGGCUCGCAGAAGCCGGUCCAUCCGAACGACCAUGUGAAUAAAAGUCAAAGCAGUAAUGACACCUACCCCACCGCCAUGCACAUAGCAGUGGCUCGCGAGAUCCACUGCACUCUUCUUCCAAAUUUGCAAAUGCUGCACGACGCCUUAGACUGUAAGGCGAAGGAGUUUAAAGAUAUAAUUAAAAUCGGCCGGACGCAUACUCAGGAUGCAGUUCCGUUGACGUUGGGCCAGGAGUUCGGCGGGUAUGUGCAGCAAUUGAAGUUUGGCAUCGACAGAGUGUGCGACACUUUGCCACGCUUGUACCUGCUGGCGAUCGGAGGUACGGCGGUCGGCACCGGGCUUAACACGAGGAAGGGUUUUGCGGAAAAAUGUGCGUUGGAGAUAGCGAAGCUGACAAGUUUGCCUUUCGUAUCGGCUCCCAAUAAAUUCGAGGCGUUAGCCGCGCAUGACUCCAUGGUGGAGGUAUCCGGUGCGUUAAACGUGGUAGCGGUGUCACUCAUGAAGAUCGCCAACGACAUCAGAUUUCUGGCAUCGGGCCCGCGUUGUGGUCUAGGCGAACUGAGUCUCCCCGAAAACGAACCUGGCAGUUCGAUCAUGCCGGGGAAGGUUAACCCAACACAAUGCGAGGCCAUCACGAUGGUGGCCGCGCAAGUCAUGGGCAAUCACGUAGCGGUCUCCAUCGGCGGAUCCAACGGUCACUUCGAGCUGAACGUGUUCAAGCCAAUGAUAGUCGCCAACGUGCUCAGAUCCAUACGACUAUUGGGCGACUCGUGCAGGUCCUUCGCGAAUAACUGCGCGGUUGGAAUCGUCGCAAACAAGGAGGCGAUAAAGAAGAUAAUGGCAGAAAGUCUCAUGCUAGUUACCGCUUUAAAUCCGCAUAUCGGGUACGAUAAGGCGGCGGCCAUCGCCAAGCUGGCCCACAAGGACGGGUCGACGUUGAAACAGGCCGCGAUUAAGCUGGGUCACGUCACCGAUAAACAGUUCGACGAGUGGGUUAAACCAGAAAACAUGCUGGGCCCGCAAUAAUUUCCCGCGUGUAUUAUGUUUUUAAUUAUCUCCGUUUCUUUGGUUCAGAUCAAUUAAUUAGACCCGAGAAGUCUCUUUUGCUUUCAAUUGUUGUCGCCAUUUUUUAAAUGUGAGAUUUUCCGAAAACUUCACGACUCCCUUCUGGCAACCUUGGACCGAAUGCUUUCAAAAACUUCCCACACUAACCCCCUUCCUAAUUUUCAUUAAUUAAUUGAUCCUUUUUUUUCCAGUCUAACAAUGAUUUUUCUUUAAAAGGCAAUCAUGAUCUCUGUACUCCCAGAGGGCAAAAAAACUAAGCUGUCCUUAAUCUCAGAGCUGCGUAAUUUUUAGGCCAGAUAUCUUCCCGAAGCCAUUAUAAGAAGAGUACAAGAAUUUAACUACGUUAAAAAAUUCUACCACUUAUUUUCGGACCAGUUGUACAAUUUAUUGGAAAAUUUAGCCCUCUAAUUUUGACACCCUGUAGCCUUUCUAUGAUAUGUAAUGCCUAAAUUGUUAUAACCUUUAAAAAGCCCAAUUUGCUAAUUGUGGCGGGCCCUACCGUUGAAUGUCAA